CUCGGCUGCGGCCAGAGGGAAGGAAGGACAAGCUGACGGCCAGCCAUAACGCGACGAUCAACAGGUCGAUGUGUAUCGGGCAAAUCCCUCGGUAGAAUCGAUGGACCGAAAGCUAGGCAGAGGCCCUCCUCGAUCCACGGUCGAGUCCACGGGCGUUUCAUGCUCGGAGUCCCGUAAGUCGUAGGCGAAGCAUGGCGAUGAAGUCAGACCGACGGCAGUUGCUUUCUACUCUCGGAAUUUCAUGAAGCUCGACGUGAUUCUGUAGAAGCGGAUCUCGAUGUGCUCGACGACAUUCCACUCCUUUCCUCUCUUCGUAGACUCGGUCCGGAGGAAGAAGGUAGAAGUCAGUUGAUUUUGCAGGCCGACCGCGAUUCCAUCGAUUUAGAUCAUUGAAUUGAAAUGUGUUUGCUUUGCAUGCUCUCGCGUACGUGUUAUACUCCGACGAGAGAGACGGUGCGACAGGUAUCGUGGACGUAAGAAAAUUCGAACCCGCAGUUCUCACCCUCGUCAUCAUCAUCAUCAUUCUCAGGUCCUAAUCUUUCAGAGAAAAUUUCACACAAUCGAUUAAAAAGAAAGAGAGAGAUAGAGAUAGAGAGACUAUGACAGGAGUAACUGGCAGUCCUCACGAAUAGCUCACGAAUACUAGUUCUGUCGCCCACCGGCCAGCCAGCGGCUCGUGAUCGUCCUGGACUUCGACGAACGAGGUAUAUCUCGAGGUAUAGUCAUCGAAGGUAAAUUGAUCAUUCCGCCUCCAGCACCAGACUGGAGCUAGACAAAGCCGAGCAGACGAGUACGAUUCUGGAUCCAUCACGUAGAAUUUGCCGCGCUGACAGAAAGUGCGAGUCUGAUUUCGUGUGAAUCGAAAAUCACGGCUAAGCUCGCUUGACAUGCGCGACGAGAGAAGCGCCAGCAGACUCAGACCUUCUUCUCCUCCUCCUCCCGCUAGAAUGACGACGACGCACGCAGGUUUGGAUCCAGGGUACGUGAGGACGUUGCAUGCAUGCAUGCUGCGCAAGCUCCUGCCAGCGGGCAGAUCCGAGGGAAUCUGAGGCCGGGGCAGGGAGGGCACCAACCGGAUCCGGGAGCGCGGGUGGCUAGCGAACGUUGGGAGCGAGGAGGCCCAUGAGCACCGGGCCCGCGCGUCGAUCUCGAGCUUUCGGAGUCUAAGCCGCCCGCGAUGGAAGACGACACUCCCCCGCCCCUGCCGAGAACGGGCCAGGUGGACCCGGUCUGGAGGGAGGCGAGGGACUUGGGCGUGGUGAAUCAGUAUGGGUCGAACAUGGAGCCCACUUGGGACCAGCCGUACCUGCGGGAUACGAUGCAAGGCACUCUCGAGGCGACGUCGUACCCUGCGGACUUUCGAGAGACUCUGAGCUCUCGGGAGCAAACGGCUGUCUACGGGGAUAUAGAUUACGACGACUCUACGUUUUACGGCAAUAUGUUCGAGAUUGGCUCGCCGCCGGAUGGCGACGUCGCGCGUUGUUUCCUCAACACCCCCGACUGCAGGUGCGCCUUGGUCCUGCUGGACGCUUACAAUAACGAACCCAACACCGGGAAGGUUUCGUUCGACCCGUUUGAGGCUGACCUGGAGGGCCCGCCGUCCAGACGCCCGCCUGGCUACGCCUGCCGGGGGCGCCAAGCGCGACGUCACAUCCACGUGCAGGCCUCCACCAUCCGGCAGUUCCCCACCCCCGUCAUCUAUCCGCAGGGAAUGCCGGAGCGGGUCCCCAAUGACGAGGACGAGGAAGCCCUCCAGCUUCCGUGGCCGAUCUCGGGCCGUGGAGGUUAUGCGGGUGAGAGCUUCGAGGACGAACCGCCCGCUCCUGAAUUCACGGGCGACCAUCUAGAGGGCUACGAUGACCCUCUCUGGGACGAGUUGUAUGAGCUCGGGUCCGAGGAGCAGUGGGGAACGCAGUUCGACCCGUUCUCGGAGGACGAUCCCAUAGAGGACGACCCCGACUGGAAAGCGGCGCAGGACCUCGGUGCCAGUAACCAGUACGGCUCGAACAGGAACCUCCAGCGGGACGACCGGCAGGAGACGGAACUCGUUUGUUUCAGCAACACGGGAGACCGGGUCGGACCGAGUUCGGAAUACGAGUGUGAGAUCCACGGCCCGGACAGCCCCCCGCGCGGGCUGAACCCGAAUCCCAUUCCGGUCAUCGAGGUCGUCAGCCAGGAGCACGACGGGGUUCAGUUGCGCCCCCCCCGGCCCGGGAACACAGUUUGCGAGCCCGAAGGAGAAACGAGCGACGCGAUUCGCCGUUCUGUGGAGAUUUAUAAUCGAAUCCAACGUGCAAUGAACUCGUCACCGGAAUCACGGCCGCGGCAAAUGGAUGAAACCUCUGCCCCCGAGAUCGAAGAUAUGCAUAUCGACGUCGGGGAACCCGUCGAGGAUAACUGGGCUCCGAUGCCGGGGGACAUUCUGAUCCUCCGAAGCUGUAGGUACGAAAUCCCCUGGCCCGGCUUCGACGGCAAGCUGGAGAUCUACACCGACGAACCGAACGAGCGAAACGCGUUCGUGGGUAGGCGCGUGCCGUCCUGCGCCUUCGAGACGGGGGACGUCGUCAUCCGCUUCGGGACGUAUGAUCGGAGGUGGCGCUUUAAUCAGUCCACUCAGGUUCGGGUCUUCCAGUACAGGAAGGACCAGAUGUUCCUUGUCGCCAGGCAGAUCUCGCAGACGCUGUACGCUUGCGAUUACCGAUUCACCGACCCGCGGGCCAAAGGCCUCCACCGCGUGGACCAUCGGUUCGAUCCUCGUCGAGGGGACCUGAUCAUCAACAGAGGCGUCCAUUUCCCCUUCGUCUGGUACGUGUACUGGUGGGACGAUGGCAUGCCCGUGCGGCCUUCGGACUUGCUUGUGCGCGCUGGGUAUGGUGAGAAUAACACCCUUAGCUACGCCGAUUCCUAUCUCUACCUGCGAAAUCCGCACGACGAGAACUGGAUCUUUCUCGGUAAAGAUGACUACUGCUUCUUCAAAACGUGACCUUGAACCUUCGCCGCAUUCCUACUCAAUUCUCGUCGAUUCCCAUGCCCAUCCAUCGCCAAGAUGAUCGGACUCUAGCCGAACUCAGUGACCUCGCAAUGAGUUGUCACCAGAUUCUUGCUGAGCUGAGCGUGCACGCCCAGAUUAUCCCGCUCUAAAUCGAUGAUCAACGCAGAUCCAUUGCUAUCAAUUCCAAGCAAAGGAUCUGCAUAAGGUCUAGGGCCCUGACCUGUCGAGGUAAGAUGAAACCCAAGAGAGUAAGAAUCAGCUCUGCUUGCAUUUCUGAUACGUCGAGGACAUUAACGCCGGCAGCAAUUCAAAGUCCUCCGUCCGAAACCAUAAUUUCAACGAACCGUGUCGAGACGCCACGACAUCAUCGUCGUCCGGGGUAAGUUUGUCUGAACACAAUCCUGGACUCAACUUAGCUCCCGACUUGAACAGGCCACUACAUCGAGCGGCAGCCCCCCACUCAAUCGGUAACGCAAUCGACAAUUCUCCACGGACCCACUGACUGACUGACUGACUGCCUCGGACGUUCCUUCGACCUCUUACAUAUGAGGUUCUGCUUAAGCCUCUCCAAAGGUAUGGUGCAUAACAAAAUGUACUAACCUUCGGGACGCUGCCGACGAAAUUGGCACAAGUACGGGGAAUUAACCAGGAAACAGAAGUUUGCAAUGUUCGAAAAAAUUGUAUAUCUCAACUGUUCGUUGAAAAAUUAAGGGAGGUCCACGGAAGGAAAUGGAACUUAUUAUGCAGAUUAGCCAGCUGCUAAUGCUCAGUCCUGAUAGUACGUGCAAAUACUAAUCGCAAUUCAUUCUA